UUCAUUUGACUGGAAGAUCACGGAAGGAAGAGAAGGCCAUCAGCAUUUUGUCAGCAAUAAAUGUAAUGUGCAUAUUCUGUAAAGGUAAUGAACUUAAACAGAAAAAAAGCUGGAUUGUGUUGGAUGAAACCACAGGACUUAGGGUUGUUUGCAUGAACAGAACACGUUUGUCCUAAAAGUAAAGUAGCAAACAUAAAUCUUUUUUUUUUUUGGAACGAAGACCUCAAGCUCUGUUCUGGAGACCAUAUAGUGAGCCCAGGUUAUCUGUUAUGUAUUAGUAUUGUUUAAAAAGCUCAUAAAAGACUCAAAUGUCAAGACAUACAUGAAAGCAAUGGUAAAAUUUUGUGAUUUAGUUUGUGAAUAGGAAACAAUUCUUGAUAGUCAAAGAGCACUAAUUGCUACUCAUAAAAUUAUACCUCAUCAGCAAUCUAUUUUAGUUUCAUGGGAAAAUCUUAAGCAGAGGAUGAAAGUAAAAUGUAAAAAAAAAAUAAGCACAUAAAGUAAUGAAGAAUAAAAGGCUAAGUAUGUUGAAUAUUUGAACAGUUAAAAUAAUUUAUAAUAAAAUUUCUCUGAACAGCAGAUGCAGAUUAGGCAGAAGGCAGAAGUCAGUGAUGAGAAACGGCACGGUAACAUCAUUCAUUCUGCUGGGACUGACCGAUGACCCUCAGCUGCAGGUUCUGAUUUUUGUCUUUGUCUUUCUCACCUACAUAUUGAGUGUAACUGGGAACCUGACCAUCAUCACCCUCACCUUUGUGGAUUCCCAUCUGAGAACACCUAUGUACUUUUUCUUAAAAAAUUUUUCCUUCUUAGAGAUCUCAUUCACCUCUGCUUGCAUCCCCAGAUACCUGUAUAACAUAGCAACGGGUGACAAGGUCAUUACCUAUAAUGCCUGUAUGAGCCAAGUGUUUUUUACUGACAUCUGUGGAGCCACAGAAUUUUUCCUCCUGGCUGCCGUGUCCUAUGACCGCUAUGUGGCCAUCUGCAAACCCUUGCAUUAUGUGACAAUUGUGAGCAGCAGAGUCUGCAGGAUUCUCAUUAACUGUUCUUGGAUGGCUGGUUUUUGUGUAAUAGUCCCACUACUAAGCCUGUGUUUAAAGCUGGAAUUUUGUGACUCUAAUGUGCUUGACCAUUUUGCCUGUGAUGCCUUUCGUCUUGUGAAAAUCUCAUGCUCGGAUACAUGGAUUAUAGAACAGACAGUUAUCGUCUGUGCUGUGCUGACCCUAAAUAUGACUCUUACUUGUGUAGUUCUGUCAUACGGUAGUAUCAUCAGGACAAUAUUUAGAUUCCCCUCUGUCCAACAAAGGAAAAAGGCCUUUUCAACUUGUUCUUCCCACAUGAUUGUGGUUUCCAUCACCUAUGGCACGUGCUUUUUCAUCUAUAUGAAUCCUACAGCAAAGGAAGAAGUGAUUAUUAAUAAAGUGGUUUCACUGCUUAUUUCUUCUGUUUCACCAACAUUGAACCCGUUUAUUUAUACCCUGAGGAAUAAUCAAGUUAAGAAAGCUUUCAAGGACUCAUUUAAAAGAUUUAUAUCACUCUCAACUAAGUAAAU